AUGUUCGCUGUCCCAGGAUGGUCCGUAGCGGCCGAGGGUCUCAAAACUGAGACCCAGGUGAAGAAGGCCAGCGCCCCCAAGAACGAGAGCAAGAAGCGCAAGAGGGCCAACAAACAGGAGAAGAAGGAAAAAAAGGCGCCCAGCUCGGGCGCAAACUCUGUCUUGGUGAACCCUCGCGUUUUUGGAGAGAAGAGGGAGGACGGCGAGGCUGCCGGAGACAAGCGCAGGAGGAGCGACGGCGGCGAGGCUGACCACGAUGAUGCUGAUGAUGCCGAUGAGGCUGAGACGCCCAAGCCGAGCAAGAAGCAGAAGAAGGAAAAGAAGGAAAAGAAGAAUGAGCAUGACACGACCCAGCAGACUCCCAAAUCCGACAAGAAGGAAAAGAAGCAGAGGAAGGAAAAGUCCAACGAAGGUGAGCCGACACCAGCAGAGACGCCGUCCAAGGCGCAGCAAACGCAAAAGGCCCCGGCAGACAAGGACGGGGAGAAGAAGAAGAAGAAGAAGAAGGACAAGGAUGCCGCCGCCGCCAUCGCCGCCUCCGUGCCCCCCGUCCCGCCCGCCGCCGCCAAGCUCACCCCGCUCCAGCGCUCCAUGCGCCAGAAGCUCGUCUCGGCGCGCUUCCGCCACCUCAACGAGACGCUCUACACCCGCCCCUCGGCCCAGGCCUACCAGCUCUUCGAGGAUUCUCCCGAGAUGUUCUCCGAGUACCACGAGGGCUUCCGCCGCCAGGUCGAGGUCUGGCCCGAGAACCCCGUCGACGGCUACAUCCGCGACAUCAAGCUCCGCGCCAAAGCCCGCUUCCCCAACGCCCGAGGCCGCCCGGGAGCGCAACCCGCACCCAACGGCCCUCAACCCUUGCCCCGUACCGACGGCACGUGCUACAUCGCCGACCUGGGCUGCGGCGACGCCCGUCUCGCCUCGACCCUCGACCCCGAGUCCAAGAAGCUCAAGCUCCAGAUCACGAGCUACGACCUGCACUCCCCCGCCAAGCACGUCACAAAGGCCGACAUCGCCAACCUGCCCCUCGAAAACGACUCUGUUGACGUCGCCAUCUUCUGCUUGGCCCUCAUGGGCACAAACUGGCUCGACUUCAUAGAGGAAGCCUACCGCAUCCUCCACUGGAAGGGCGAGCUUUGGGUCGCCGAGAUCAAGUCUCGCUUCGGCCCCGUGCACCGCAAAAACGCCGUCGUCUCCCACAGCGUCGGAAACCGAAAAAAGGCCGCCGCCGCCGUCGCCGGGAAAAAAACAAAGGAGCCUGAGGAGACGGAGGCGGAUCGCACGGCUCUCGCCGUCGAGGUCGACGGCCACGAGGACAGGCGCGGCGAGACGGACGUCUCGGCUUUUGUCGAGGCGCUGAGGAAGCGCGGCUUCGUCUUGGCGGGCCAGGGCGAGGGCAACAAGGGUGCCGUGGACCUGUCGAAUAAGAUGUUUGUCAAGAUGCACUUUAUCAAGGGCGCGGUGCCCACCAAGGGCAAGGGUCUUGCCGCGGCCAAGGCGGCUGGCUACGUGGAGAAGGAGAAGAAGCAGAAGAGGUUCGUGUGGGAGACUGAAGAGGACAAGGUUGAUGAGACGGGUAUCCUGAAGCCCUGUGUGUAUAAGUUGCGGUAG